GACACCCCAUUUCUAGCAGGGGAAACCCACGCCGGACGAGGAGUCAUUUGCCCAAAGCCGCUUAAGGCCCCGCAGGGCCCUGGAACCGGGUCUCCAGACCCGCUCAGAGCUUUUAGGGACAGCAGCUGCAGCAGUGAUGGCCCCGCCCUGGGUGCCUGCGGUGGGCUUCACACUGGUGCCCAGCCUGGGGGGCUUCCUGGCCUCCCACUAUGCCCGUGGAGAGGGCCUCCGCUGGUACGCUGCCCUGCAGAAGCCCGCGUGGCACCCGCCCCACUGGACGCUGGGCCCCAUUUGGGGCACGCUGUACUCGGCCAUGGGGUAUGGUUCCUACAUGAUCUGGAAAGAGCUGGGGGGCUUCUCGGAGGAGGCGGUGGUCCCCCUGGGCCUCUACACUGGGCAGCUGGCCCUGAACUGGGCGUGGCCUCCCAUCUUCUUUGGCAACCGACAAAUGGGUUGGGCCCUGGCGGACCUCAUGCUGACCGGUGGGGUGGCGGCCGCCACGGCCGUGGCCUGGCACCGGGUGAGCCCACCGGCCGCCCGCCUGCUCUACCCGUACCUGGCCUGGCUGGCCUUUGCGGCCGCACUCAACUACUGUGUGUGGAGGGACAACCGUGGCUGGCGUGGAGGCCGCAGGCUCGCAGAGUGAGGGCCGGCCCUCCGGGGACCGCAGCCCCUGCCUGCCAGGCUGAGGGCGAGGCCCUCGUGCUUUCCCGACCACGGGACGGGCUGGUCUGUCUGGUUCUCAGCCCAGGGGGUCACUAGCAGCUUCAGAGGUGGUCCAGGCUGAGGCCCACUGGGACCGGCAGUCGGCGCUUUCCCCACUGCUUGAAGCUCCUUCUCAGAACGUAGAAUUUUAUAAGCCAAAUAAAGUUUUUAACCUCCUGGCGGUGGCCUUUUCACGCGCGGGACUGGC